AUGAUUGAAAUUCUUGGGAAUUUCGGACGUCGCUGGGAACAUGAAGUGAAUAUGCGACUUAACCCGCGCGAAACACCUGAUUCUGUUUUUCGCCCUACGGAUGCUGAACUGAUUCUUGAUUUCUUAAUCCGAAAAAUCAAGAACGAGACGAUGUCUCGCAAUCUAAUUAAAGUGGUUGAUAAUGUAUACCACUUUCACCCGGAAAAUCUUCCAGAUCAUUAUGGUGAGAAUCGAGCGGAAGAAUGGUUAUUCUUUGCACCAAGGGAUAUGGAACACGAAAAUGAAGAAAUACGGAAUGGAGUUGGGGUCAAUGGAUAUUGGCAAGUAACUGGGGAAAAUGAUGAAACCAUCAAACAGAAUGAUGAAACUAUUGGAUUUCGAAGGACUCUUGAAUUCUACAAGGGAAACCCACCCAACGAUGACAAGACUUCUUGGAUUAUGCAUGAAAUCAGAUUGAACGAUCAACUUGCUACAGAUGAUACAGAGAAUAUUCCACAAGGAUUACAGAUGGUAGGACGAGAGUGA